AUGACUGUUGUAUCUUUACUGACGUGGCUACCAUAUGUUGUUACCACGUUUGUAAAAUUCACAACUAAUAGUUUUAAGUCAAUUUCUUAUCAAAAAGAGUUACGUUUGAAUCUCGCUUUGAUUGUUUUGUUCAACGCAAACUCUCUUGUUAAUCCCAUAUUAUACGCUAUCAGAAUGCCAGAUUUUAGAAGAGCUCUGCUCUCUUUAUUUAGGCGUCAACAAAACCAAAUG